AUGGGCUCUGUCCUACCCUCCGAAACCCUGGCUCUCAAAGCCGGCUUUAAGCCUCACGGCUUCUCGCUGGCGGACAUCAUCACUUCCGACAUCCUGCACAGCUUUCUCUACGGCAGAUGGAGGAACGUCCUAGGAGAGCAACUUUUCGAAGACAAAACGAGCAGCGGCGGCCAGAAAAUCGCCUUCACCGCGGAAGCACUGGCGCAGUCCUUCACCGGAGAAGUUCAGAAGCUGUCGAGUCUGGUGCUUCCCUCCGAGGUGAUUAUAGCCCAGAGUUCCAUCCCCGGGGAGGGACUGGGAAUCUUCUCCAAGACUUGGAUUAAACCCGGCACCGAAAUGGGGCCAUUCACCGGCAGAGUCAUCUCCCCGGAACAUGUGGACCUGUUCAAGAAUAACAACCUGAUGUGGGAGGUGUUUAAUGACGAUGGCACUGUGCGCUAUUUUAUCGAUGCCAGCCAGGAGGACCGCCGCAGCUGGAUGACCUACAUCAAGUGUGCGAGGAACGAGCAGGAGCAAAACCUGGAAGUGGUUCAGAUCGGAAACAACAUUUUCUACAAGGCCACCGGGACAAUUCCCCCGGACCAGGAGCUGUUGGUGUGGUAUGGAAAUACACAGAACACAUUUCUCGGCAUCCCAGGAGUUCCAGGGAUAGAGGAGGAACACAGGAAAAAGAACAAAGAUGACGACCUGAACGCGGGGGACGGCUCCGGCGGCGGGAGCGGUGCGGGACGGAUGCGGUGCGUGAUCUGCUACCGCGGCUUCAACUCGCGCAGCAACCUCCGCUCCCACAUGCGCAUCCACACCCUGGACAAGCCCUUCAUCUGCCGCUUCUGCAACCGGCGCUUCAGCCAGUCGUCCACGCUGAGGAACCAUGUGCGCCUGCACACGGGCGAGCGCCCCUAUAAGUGCCAGGUGUGCCAGAGCGCCUACUCCCAGCUGGCCGGGCUCCGCGCCCACCAGAAGAGCGCCAGGCACCGGCCGCCUCCUGCCUCUCUCCAGCCCCACUCCCCGCCUCUGGCAGUGCCACACCCUGCUGCUGCCCUGACACACCACAUCCCCACCAUGGUGCUGUGA